GACCACGUGACGUCAUCAAGUAAUCAGAAAAAUUCAAAUAUAUCUCAAAAAUUCCAAAAAAAAUCGGAAAAAAUUGCAAAAAAUCCGAAAAAAAUCAGCAAUACGUGUAGAAGGCGUCUUCACAUCAAUUUCGCAUUUUUUCAACCUUUUCCCGCGGAAAUACGCUCAUUUGCCAACAAGAAUGUCGAAACGUAACCUACAGUUUCGUGUUCUCGACAGAUUCGUGUUUCUGAUCCCUCAAAAUUGAACCGAGCGACGUGUCGUGUGAUUUACAAAUGUUGUUAGCCCUCAUUUGGGUUCGUUAUUGUCGACAUCCGUUUUAUCCCGGUCCUGAGGGAGUUUAGAUCGCUUAGAUAAAGAGAGUCCUCGCAAUUAUUGCGUGGGAAAACGUCAAAGACUCUGAUCGUGCAGGUUAUGCUAACUUAUUUUGCUUCGUCUCAGUGGGGCGUCGAGGAAAACGCUUAUUGUACUCGGCGAUUAUCAAGAAUUAGCCUGAAUAUAUCUCCAAAAUGAGAGGAGGUGGAAUGUUCGAUGCCCAUGAGUUUGCUAAGCGUAUGAGGCGGCUUAUGGAUAAUAAUUAUUCAUAUCGCAAGCUCCUGGCAUUGCUCAUAGUCUGCGGUGGCCUCUUGCUCUACCUCGGACCGUUUGUCGCUCAAUGGUUGUUCUCAGGUAGCCAACAACCGAUUGAAGCAUUCGAGGACCAAUGUAUCAACGAAAGACUGGCUAUGUCAUUCUUUGAAACUGCUGAAUACAAUGCCAAUAUUAUGAGGGACUCUUCAACAUUUGAGGAUCAAUCGUAUUUGGCAUAUGUUGGGAACGGGGUAUUUGGGAUCCCCAUUACCGCCGAUGCUUGUCUUUACAUUAAACAUGGGAGAACGCUAUCUCUGAAGGUCCCAUGGCAGCCGAUUAUAGCUCAUUCUAUUCCAGAAGGCAGCCUCUACCGAGAAGCCACAGUAACUUAUUUCACUACUGGCAUAGUCCAGAGAUACCAAUGUUUUCGCGAAGGAUAUUACCUGGAGUUCCAAUACUAUGCUCACAGAGGACUCGAUGGAAUCCUAGUCCAAGACAUUAAAUUGGUAAACCCUUCCGCUUCGUCGCACGAGGUACCACUGAAGUCCCAAGCUUCAGGACGAUGGAGCGACUCCAGAAGCGAGACCGUACAAAUUCAAGUCGAGGGCCUACCCAGCUACGAGUAUACUUUGACGUCUGGCUAUGUCCCGUUACCAGAUUCAGACAAAAUGGUAGCUGUAGCUGUAGUCUAUCGCACUCCACCGAAGACGGUGCAAGUACAGCCUAGAAGUUCGACGAGGCUGGAGUUCCUUUCUAGCAUCUAUUACGGAGAGCCCGUCUCCUCCGAGUCUCUUCUUGCGGAGAGACAAUCGGCGCAGAGAAAAGCUAUGGAGGCUAUGAAAAAGGCCUUGGUGAGGCAGCAGCACGGUCUCAAAGACGAACACAUAAUGCUCUGGCAGAGUUACUGGCAAGCGGGUCUCAGGAUCAGUGACUCCAAGGCUAAGGGUGCGAUAAACGGGCACAAAAUAAAUUCCACCAUGUACUACGUCCUCUCCCAGAUACCCUCGAGCGUUCCGGACGUGGAAAAGAACCUGGCAAACAACGAGGGCUGUUAUCGCGGGCAUCAUACCCUGGACGCGCCCCGGCUCUGGCAGGAUACGUCGACGAUAGAGGGCGUCAACGAGAUCGCGGCAGCGUGGCUCGUGACCUUAGAAAAGCAAGGCUGCCAUCAUCUGAUGGUCGGUGGGCCAGCUGCCGUUCAACAAGCGAUAGUUCUGAGCUUGGGAUCCCUACGAUUCAGCAAUCAGCACUUAGAGUUUAACAUCGACCCGCAGUACCUGCAUCGCGAUUACCUGUUCCGACGCAUAAGCUACGGGAACGUGACGCACCUGAAUGUUUCGGUUCACGUCGGCGAAGACAAUCGGGCCGUUUUAGGCGUGGCGCUGGACCGGAGCGACAGCGUCUAUUACGGAUGCGACGCGGGAUGUCUCGACGCCCCCGUACCCCUGAGUCAGGCGUACACCAGGUUCCCGGUGAAAGUAACGAGACCCUUGACGGCUAUUCUGUACAUAACGUCGGAUCAACGGCACAUGCAGGACCUCAGAAACGCGCUGCACGUUCACGAGGUCGACGAGGCUCCUGCGCACGACCACCACGUGAUGGCCUUGCACAAACACGGGCACCGGCUCGGAGGUCUGCCGACGUUCUUCUGGGUGAGCAUCUGCUUCCUGAUCGUCGUGUUCCACAUGUUCUUGUUCAAGCUGAUCAUCAGCGAGUACUGCGAUCACCAGGAUCGACAGCGGACGCGGUACGGCAAGCCCUGACCAUCUCUGCACACGAAACACACGACCUUAGAUGUAUAUAUUUAUUUGCUUACGUCAACUGUAUAACGUUAAUGUAUUUUUUAUACGCUGGAGAAUGAUAAACUGAUUACCGAAUAACGUUAA